AUGUGGACUACUUCACUCGUCCUGCUGCUUGUGACUCUGCUCUUCUCUGCUUGUUCUGAGAGCAGCAGCCACUUCUUCCAUUCGGACACACUGAACGAUGAUGCUCCUGUUAAACCCUCCAAGUCCACGGUUAGUGCCAAAGGCUGGGACACAUGCUCCAUCCCAUGUGACAUCACAGUCAAACUAUUACGAGACGAAAAACACUCCAUUUGUGGACAGCUGCAGCAGUCGCUUCUGGCCUUUGGACGAAGCACAAGGAAACUGAUGAGAGACGUGAUGGAGGAGCAGCAGCGAGCCCUGGAAAUCCUCAGUGCUCAGGUGGCAGAGCUGAUGACCAAAGUGCAGACGCUGAGCUCAGAGGUCCAAAGGAGCAACACAGAGAUGUACACCAUCAAACCAGCACAGUCACAUGGGCGGGACUGCAGCGACAUAAGGGAUAAUCUAUUGGCAGUGGUCCCAAAAAUCCCAAGUGGUAUUUACAUCAUUAAUCCAGAAAACACUGAAUCUUCUUUUGAGGUUUUCUGUGAGAUGGAUUACAUGGGAGGAGGUUGGACAGUGAUGCAGAGGCGAACUGAUGGACUAACAGAUUUUAAGAGAUCAUGGGGAGAUUACAGCGAUGGCUUUGGGAAUCUAGCAGGAGAACACUGGUUGGGCCUAAAGAAAGUGUUUCAGAUUGUGAGCCAGAAAGACACACGUUUCCAGCUCCAUGUCGCUCUUGUCUCAAAAGAUGACAUCACAUCAUACGCCUCAUACGAUGACUUUCAGCUGGACAAUGAAACUCAGUUCUUUGGGCUACACCUGGGACGCUAUGCAGGCAGUGCAGGUGAUGCAUUUCGCGGCUAUGACCAAGACCAGAAUCAGGACACGGCUCCCUUCAGCUCCUCAGAUGUGGACAACGAUGGCUGUAACCCGUCCUGCUCCUUCAGUAACCGCACAGUGGAGAGCUGCAGUGCUCUGCACAACCAGACAGGAUGGUGGUUUAACCAGUGUGGCCUGGCCAACCUCAACGCAUCCCCACAGGACACUGACUCGAGCCAGAGGGCCAGCAUCCUGUGGGAAACAUGGAGACAAAACGGGGUUCCUCUUGACAUUAAAGCUGUGACGAUGAAGAUUCGGAGGAUCCCAACCAAUAACUGA